AUGGAGAUAAACAAUGCCGGUAUGGAGACAAAGCUCAACCAGACAGACGAGGCUCAAAGGGCACCAAGGCAAGGCACCUCUCAGGGAAUUCUCCUUGAUGCAGACUGCAUCAACAGUCAAUAUGGCCAUACCGACCGUGGUCUCUCCCCUCGCCAUGUCCAGCUCAUGGCUAUCGGCGGUGCUAUCGGCGUCGGCCUCUUCGUGGGCGUCGGUGCUGUCAUGACCAAGACUGGCCCUCUGUCGUUGCUCCUGGGAUACUCCUUCUGUUGCCUGCUAUUUGUGUGGCCUACAAAUCUCUGCCUUGCUGAGAUGUGCAGCUACCUACCACUGAACGCAUCUAUAUUCCAACUAGCCAGUCGGUUCAUCGAUCCGGCCGUCGGCUUCGCCAUGGGCUGGACUUACCUGUUCGCGAGCGUAAUGCUGGUCUGUGUCGAAUAUAGCGCCGUCGCCACUAUCAUGUCUUAUUGGCUUCCGGAUGUCAACCCAGCGGCGUGGGUUGCAAUGUCUAUGGCGACCUGCCUUCUGCUCAAUAUAGUGGCCUCCGGGAUACCAAUAUGGUGUGUCUUGAGUGUCAGCUUGGUCACCUGCAUCACCUUCAUGGUUGCUUCAAACGAUGGAGUAAAGGUUUUCUUUUGGUUUGUGGAUAUGACGACCGGCGGCCUAGUUUUCACAUACAUCUUGAUGCUCGCCACCUUUCUCGCUUGGCAUCGUGCCCGCAAGGCUCAAGGGUUUCCUAGCAGCAAGCUUUACUACGUCGCUCCAUUGCAACCAUACACGGCAAUGAUGGCCAUGUCCCUCGGGAUACUGGUCCUCCUCACUCUAGGCUUUGACGUCUUUUACCCGUUCGAUAUUCGAGGCUUCAUCACCAGCUACUUCUGUAUACCCUACACUAUCGUCCUCUUUAUUGGUUGGAAGAUUGCCAAAAAGACGUCUUAUAUAAAGCCUGAAGACGCUGAUUUUGUUACGGGUAAAAAGGAAAUUGAUGCAGACUGUCUUCGGUGGGAAAGUGGAGGUAUUGAGGAAAACUGGGAAGAACAUCUUCGUGGGUUGACUUUUUGGCGUAGAUGCUGGGAGCGGAUGUGGUAG